AUUAAACAAAGCAGGGAUAAAUUAAUGGGGAGUGAAUGCAGCAUCAACAAACGCUGUUAUGAUAUUAGCAUGUCAAAGAGGACUAGAAAGUCAUUUCAUUAUAGUGUCCCAGUCCCAGAUGCCAAUCGAACUACUUGUGGAGAAAUCAUCCCUGCUCUUGAGAGCUUUCUGGAUGGCAAUGGAGGAGAUCAGAGUUCUCCCUCAAAGUCGAGAGUUGAAGAUGGUGAUCAAGACAAUGAUAAUCGUAAAAGCUUUAAGCAGCUGAUCGAUGGGGAUGAAAAAGCAAAGCUGAUCAUCAAGUCGGGUGACCAAGGGAGCAGAGCUAGAAGUUCACUAGGCCAACACUUCACUGAUGAAGAGAAUCACCUUCAACUGGUCAAGAAGCAGCAAAAAGCAGUGGGUUUGCAAGGAGUGAAGCUGAAAAAAUUGGUGAGUCGUUGUGCCAAAGUUUUUAGACAUUUGGUCAAAGCCGAGAGCGAUCCAGCCCUAAGAGAACCCAGGCAGGCUGUUCUUCGUUUAACUAUGUAAAGCAAUGCCAGCUGAAAUAUUUUCCGGAGAUCGGUCAUCUUCUGAUUACAAAUGCAACAUUAGUUUUGACCGUGGUCAAGACCUACAUAUUUGAGUCCUCUUUCAAAUCUUUACUAAAACGCUUUGUCUUAUCCUC